CAUGGUUUAUAUUUAUAAUCUGAAUCAGAUCAAACCCCUUCUGAUCGAACUGAGCUCAUCAUGAUUACUACUAAAAGGACAGUCUACAUCGAGAAGACCCGGGCCACACAGAGUCAGAGCAUGGACCUGAGGCAGAAGCUGGGCCAAAAAAAGGAUGGCCUGGCUAAACGAAAGAGAUCACCAGAGACAGCACAUGAUAUGGAUCUUAGGAAAAAGCUGGGGAAAAGAAGCCGGCUCUUUGAGGAAGAACCCACGAGACAACCUGCAACAUCUAAAGAUCUUAAACCGUCCCCUUGGCUGAACAUGAUUAUCACUGACCUACACCCUCCCACUUUUGUAGAAGAGAAGGGCUUCUUGAAUCUUCUUAGAUCUUUGGGUCUAGGCAGUGAAACUCCCCCGAAUUCUGCAGACCUUCAUUCAGAGCUUGUUCAGCUCUAUGACCAAACAAAGGAGAGUGUGAAGAAAGCUUUACAAACUGCAGAAACGGUCUCUUUAGCAUGCGACUUCUGGAACUCUGGGGCUGGGCAAUACCUGAUGACGGUGACCUCUCACUUCAUCAGUGAACAAUGGAAGCGGGAAUCAUUUGUUUUGGAGACCACGCUGAUACCUGAGCAUUGGACCUCUUAUGAUACCAUCAACCAGUUAAAAAAAAUUGCUCACACAUGGGGUAUUGAGAAGAAGGUGCAAGUGGUGGUAACCAAUGCAAACAAUCUGGAAAUCGUUGCGAACGAUGUUGGGUGGGAGCAUUUGUCUUGUUUUGCCAAAACUCUCAACAGUGUGUUCAGGCAGGUCGCAAAAAGUGACAAUGUUAAGAAGGUGUUAGAGAAAUGUUCUAAAGUUGAUAUGUUGUUCUGCCACAACAUGGAAGAAAUGAAGAAACUCAGGGAGACUCAGAUCGAGCUAGAUUUGCCUCAACACAGUCUAACCUCAGCUAAUGAGGUCUCAUGGCUUUCGACACUGAUCAUGCUGGAGAGAAUCUCAGAGCAGCAGGAAGCUUUAGACAAGUUUCUGCUUGACAUGAACAAGUUCAAACUUCUGCUGAAGAAAGACGAUAAACGUGUUAUGCGGAGCCUGAUAAAAGCCCUCCAGCCCUUCAGGGAAGUCACAGAAGGAAUGAUGAAAGAUCAACACUGCUCGAUUUCCAACAUCAUACCAUGUGUAGAAGAACUGAAAAUGAAGCUGAAGCAGCAAACUGAGAACAGAGUGGCCCAGUCACUGGUUAAACAUCUGAGUUCUGAUCAAUUUAAACCCACAGCUCAUAUGACCAUGAGCACAGCACUCGACCCAAGAUAUAAACACAUUGUUCUGUCUGAAGCUGGAACCACUGAAGAAUUCGAGACAUGGCUCGUUUCUGAGUUAAAUCUGAAAUCUGAAGCCUUUUUGCUUUCACAGAAAAAAAAAUUAGAAGAAUACAUAAAAGCAAAACCCCUUCCAAAAAUGGGGAAUCCACUGAGCUUCUGGAGAUUCAAUUACAAAAAACUGAACAGCGUUGCCCACAAGCACCUCAACAUCGUUGCCACAGCCCUCCCUCUUGACCGCGCUUUUAACGUGCAGAAAUCACAACUAAUGUCCAGACGGCGAAGCUUCCUGCAGCCAGAAGUUUUAAACAUGAUGCUCUUCCUAAAUGGGAACUGUUCUACGGAGUAGAACAAGCACAUGGUCUUUCCAUUUCACGUAAGAUUUUAAACAAAUCUAUUUCUUCUUGAAUUUAAAAUGAUUAUUAUUAUAGAAAAUACAUAGCUUACUCUAUAAUCUACUGAGAAAGGACCAUUUCUACAAAAUAUAGGAAAAUAAUAGAUAAAUCAAGGCACAGGAACCUGUCCAGAGACCCAAAAAUUAAAAAAAAUGUCCAAUGUUUUAAAGAGGGUCAACUCAUGCAUCCGUUCCAGCCGUCGGCAAACCACAGUUCUCUACAGCAUGUGAAGGAAAACAGACACAGCACUGCAUAAAACAGGUGAAAAAUGAGGAACACAAAGUCGUUAGAGCAGAGAUAUUUUCAACAUGUUCGUUUUUUUAUAUAAUUAAUUUCUCCAAAGAAUAUUUUAAUUUUUCUGACCAGUCGGCUCAUUUAAGGAAUUUCUGUUUGUUUACUAUCAUUUUUAAACUUUAAGGAACAUUCAUUUGAGUGUUUUUUUUUUUCAUUUAAUUAAAGAAUAUGACUUUAUUAACUGUAUUUAAUUAUGGAUCUAUGAGUUUAGUUGAAUAUGGGAUGUGUUUAGAGAGUAACAGCCUGCAUGAAAAUGAAAUAGUCAUAUCGAAUUGCUGUAAAAAUGUUUUGAGUUGAGCUGAAGAGCAAAGUCAUAAUAUUACGAAAUUAAAGUAGUAAUUUUAUGAGAUUAAAGUCUUGGGCUGCCAGUUUAAAAAGCAUGGAGGAAAAGCACUAAAGUAUUGAUGCACUAAAGUAAAGCAGCAGAAAACCUGCUCUACAGGAGGCAUCUCGCGGCCAGGGUGCAGAUGGCGAAGAGCAAUGUAGACUUGGCUACCAGUAGCGAUGCCACCAUGGCAAAAUCUGGACACUUUAUUAGUCAACUGUGCCAAUAGAGCAACAAUAAGCAGCAGAUUAGAAAUGUAGAUAACUGAUCAUAAUCACAGCAGCCCUGUAAAAGAUCAUGAGCGAAAAUGCUCAUUUGUGUCUGUGCCUUAUAAAGUGGCAGGACAAGCAGUUAACCUUCAUUUCCCUCGUAAUAUUGUGACAUUAUUCUCGUAAAAUUAUGACAAUAUUCUCGUAAUAUUACGAUUUUAUUCAACUUUUGAGUCAACUUUUUUUUCCUAGAAGUGGAAUUUGUUAUGAAGUUGAAAAUGUAACGGUUCAUUCUGUGAUGUUUUAUUUAAAUCUUAAGACUGACAAUACCUCAAUAAGUCUGAGAUAUUUUAAUAAAACAGAAGCUUUCUGUGUGAAAU